CUCAGCGCUCCAUAUCCGGGUUCCCGCCGCCGCCGCCGCCGCUGCCGCCGCCGCCGCCGCCGCCUUGCUCAUUCAGCUGGGUCGGGAGUGGCGAGAUUCCCGACCAAGAUGGCGGCCGUAGGGCGAGUCGGCUCCUUCGGUUCCUCCCCGCCGGGAUUAGCGUCCACGUACUCGGGCGGCCCCUUAGCCCACGAGCUAGCGGCGGGCAACGGCGGCGCCGCCCCGGCCGACGACGAGGACGGGCAGAACCUUUGGUCCUGCAUCCUCAGCGAGGUGUCCACCCGCUCGCGCUCCAAGCUCCCCGCGGGGAAGAACGUGCUGCUGCUGGGCGAAGAUGGAGCUGGGAAAACAAGCUUAAUAAGAAAAAUUCAGGGAAUCGAGGAGUACAAGAAAGGACGAGGAUUGGAGUAUUUAUACUUGAAUGUUCAUGAUGAGGACAGAGAGGAUCAAACCAGAUGUAACGUGUGGAUCCUGGAUGGAGACCUGUACCACAAAGGCCUCCUUAAGUUUUCUCUGGAGGCCGUUUCACUGAAGGACACUCUGGUCACGCUGGUUGUUGACAUGUCGAAGCCUUGGACUGCUUUAGAUUCGUUACAGAAAUGGGCAAGUGUCGUUCGAGAGCAUAUUGACAAGCUGAAAAUCCCUCCCGAAGAAAUGAAAGAAAUGGAACAAAAGCUGAUUAGAGACUUCCAAGAAUAUGUAGAGCCAGGAGAAGAUUUCCCAGUGUCUCCCCAGAGAAGAAACACCAUGUCACAGGAAGACAAAAACGACAGUGUGGUCUUACCCCUGGGUGCGGACACUCUUACCCAUAACUUGGGCAUCCCAGUGCUAGUAGUUUGCACGAAGUGUGAUGCAAUUAGUAUAUUGGAGAAAGAACAUGACUACAGAGAUGAACACUUUGAUUUUAUUCAGUCACACAUCCGGAAGUUCUGUUUACAGUAUGGUGCGGCACUUAUUUACACUUCGGUAAAAGAAAAUAAAAAUAUAGAUUUGGUAUAUAAAUACAUCGUCCAAAAACUAUAUGGAUUUCCCUAUAAGAUUCCUGCUGUGGUGGUGGAAAAAGAUGCAGUAUUUAUUCCUGCAGGGUGGGAUAACGAUAAGAAAAUAGGAAUAUUACAUGAAAAUUUUCAAACGUUAAAAGCAGAAGAUAAUUUUGAAGACAUUAUAACUAAACCACCAGUUCGAAAGUUUGUGCAUGAGAAGGAGAUUGUGGCAGAAGAUGACCAGGUGUUUCUCAUGAAGCUACAGUCCCUUUUGGCAAAGCAACCACCAACUGCAGCUGGAAGACCCGUGGAUGCCUCCCCCAGAGUUCCCGGAGGCUCUCCUCGCACACCCAACAGAUCCGUGUCUUCCAACGUCGCUAGUGUGUCGCCCAUCCCUGCUGGGUCCAAAAAGAUCGACCCGAACAUGAAAGCGGGAGCUACGAGUGAAGGCGUGCUGGCCAAUUUCUUCAACAGUCUGCUGAGUAAGAAGACCGGCUCUCCAGGAGGCCCUGGCGUUGGCGGCGGGAGCCCUGCAGGGGGCGCUGGAGGUUCAGGCAGUGGUUUACCUCCCUCUGCCAAAAAGUCAGGCCAGAAGCCUGUCGUAGCUGACGUUCAUGCUGAACUGGACAGAAUCGCACGGAAACCGGUGGCAGUUUCUCCUACAACACCCACAUCUCCUACGGAAGGAGAGGCUUCUUGAAGAUACCAAAUAAAGCCAUUUAUUCAGUUUUCUGGGA